CUCACUUCCAUCGCGCAGCCAUGUGGCGCACGCAGCCACCGCAGCAGGCGCACGAGGUAAGCGCCACCGCACAGCCAUCCACACAAGCACGCCGCUUCCGCCCUCUCCACAGGCCUCUCUGAAGCGGCCGCGCGGCAGCAGUGUCGGCAGCGCCUCCAGCAGCGCCUCGUCGCGCCUCGAGACGCCGUCGCGCUCGCCGUCGCCCGAGCGGCCGCGCGCCUCGGUCGACACGCAGCUCGGCGCACGCAAUGCCGGAUAUGCCAUGCUGCUGCGCAUGGGCUGGGUCGCCGGGCAGGGCCUGGGCGCCGCGGGCGACGGGCGCAUUGAGCCCGUGCCGCUGAGCGAGAAGCGCGGCGCGGACCUGGCCGGCAUCGGCAAGCUGUCGCUUGAUAUUCGGAACGUCGAGGCAUCGACGAGCUCGCGCCGCGAAUUGCCCUCGGAGCGCAUGUCGCGCGAGACCGAGGCGCAGCGCUCCGCACGACUGGAUGAGGCAGCACGGCAGGCGACUCAGCGCCAUGAUGCCGAAGAGGCGCGCGCCGCGUUCCGCUGCGAGCUGUGCAACAAGGGCUACUCCAAGCCGAGUGCCUAUGAGACACACCUGACGAGCUACGACCACCACCAUCGCAAGCGAUUGAAAGAGUUGGCGGCGACGGAGAAGGCGCGAGGCGGCGGCGGCACGGAGCGGGCGGCGAACCGCAGAGCCAAGGAGGCGGCAAGGGAGGCCAAGGAGCUCGCCAGGCUCACGGGCGGCUCUGUCAAGGCGGCGCCCUCACUACUCGCUGCUGCCGGAAGCAGCACUCUGCCUGCGACGACCAGCGCAGGCAGCAGUGGCGGCUGGAAGCGCACCCUUGCGGCUGCUCCCGCUGCUCCUGUUGCUGCUCUUGUCGAACAACCGGCGCCCGCACCUGCAGCCCGCAGCGUAGGCGCCUUCCGCUCGGCAGGCUUCGGACGGCUCGACACGAGUGAAGCACCUGCCGCGACUUCGUCUGUGCCGAGCUCUGGGAGCACGUCACAAAGCGCCCCAAUCGGUUUUGCGCCGCUCAGUGGGAGCAGCGCCGCAUCCUCUUCGCGGUUCGCAGCUGUAUCUGGCACCUCAAGCAGCAGGCCAGCAGGCUUCGCGCCCGUGGCCACGACGAGCCAGCGGAGUGGCGGUUUCAAACCUCUGGGCUUCGCGCGCGUCGAGCCCCUCACUGGCAGAGCAGGCUCAGACGGCUUUCGGCCCCUUGCGACAAGGCCUGCCACCACUGAGCCGGCAGCACCCGCGCGGCCGCCGUCUGAGCCUUCACUUAGCGCACCUCCGCCGCCAGGGCCGCCGCCGCCACCACCACCGUCCGCUGAGCCCAUGUACGGUGCUCCACCGCCGCCGCCGCCGGACGACGAGCCGAUGGACGAUGGCCCACCUCCUCCGCCGCCGCCGCCGCCUGAAGAUGAUGCACCUCCUCCGCCGCCGCCGUGAGGUUGCGCUGCGUAUGCCUCGCCAGCAAGCGUCGCGCAGGGCUGCAAAUGUCGGGUCAUACCGAGAGGACAAUGCAUAAGCAGUGCACCAA